ACAAUAAAUUCGGUUUCUCAGCGUCGUUGUUGUUUUCUUUCGUUGUUUAUUAUAAGCAUUAUUAAAAAUCGAUGAAACCGUACUUAGAUUCGUUUAGUAUACCUAUAAUGAGAAGCUAAUUGAAUUGGGUUUUUUAUAUAUUACUUAAUUAGACCAAAUCAUGAACUUAGAAUUACUUGAAUCGUUUGGUCAAAAUUAUCCAGAAGAGUUUGAUGGCACAUUGGAUUCCAUUUCCCUUGCUGCGACGUGCGCCUUCAACCGUCGCGGCACUCUUCUGGCAGUGGGUUGUAACGAUGGAAGAAUAUUCAUCUGGGACUUUCUUACUAGAGGCAUUGCUAAAUCUAUAUCGGCACAUGUUUAUCCAGUGUGUAGCUUGAGUUGGUCAAGAAACUGUAAAAAGUUACUCUCAGCAUCCACAGACCACAAUGUAUGUAUUUGGGAUGUUCUCUCCGGUGAAUGCGAACAACGGUACAGAUUCCCAACACCGAUAUUACGUGUACAGUUUGAUCCUAGAAAUGAUAAGAGAUUCCUUGUAUGUCCAAUGAGACAUGCUGCUUUGUUGGUUGAUACCGACGGUGAACAUAAAAUUCUGCCCAUUGAUGAAGAUGGUGAUACGAAUGUGAUAGCGUCAUUUGACAGGCGAGGUGACUAUGUGUAUACAGGGAAUGCGAAGGGUAAAAUAUUAAUACUCGACUCACAACAGCUAACAGUGAAGGCGAGCUUCAAAAUAACCGUCGGUACUUCAAGCACUACCGGCAUAAAGAGUAUUGAGUUUGCCCGACGAGGAGACUGUUUCCUUGUAAAUACAUCCGACAGAGUGAUCAGAGUUUACGACGCCAACACGGUUGUGAAGUGUGGUGUGAACGGGGAACCGGAACCGAUACAAAAGCUACAAGAUCUCGUCAAUAAAACUACAUGGAAGAAGUGCUGUUUUUCUGGAGACGGUGAAUACAUCUGCGCGGGAUCAGCUCGCCAGCACGCGCUUUACAUAUGGGAGAAGUCCAUAGGGAACCUCGUCAAGAUACUCCACGGAACUAAAGGAGAACUGCUCUUGGAUGUUGUGUGGCAUCCCGUCAGACCCAUCAUAGCUAGCAUAAGCGCUGGCGUGGUGUCAAUAUGGGCUCAGAAUCAAGUGGAAAAUUGGUCCGCGUUCGCUCCGGACUUCAAGGAGUUGGAUGAGAAUGUGGAGUAUGAGGAGAGGGAGAGUGAGUUCGAUGUGGAAGACGAGGACCGCUCCGUGGACCAGGGCGCGGACAGCAGAGACGACGAGGAAGUAGAGGUGGAUGUGACCACGUGUUCCGCUGUGGCCGCCUUCUGCAGCUCAGACGAAGACGCCGAGGACGACACGCUGCUGGCCUUCCUGCCGAUAGCACCGGAAAUAGAGGAUCCAGAGGACGGUUGGGCGGCGACUCAGGAGACGGUGACCCCGAGCGAGACCCCCGAGAAACUGGAACCGGCGGCGAAGAGGCCCAAGAGUAAGACCUACGACAUAUCGCUGAAGAUAGCGCCCCAGGAACAACCGCUCAGCUUCGGCGGCAAGAACAAGCAGGCGGCGGGGAACAAGAAGCUCGCGGGCAGACCAAGGAAAUAAACAUAUACACUGCCCA